GAGUUCUCGGGCCUUGCAGGGUGUGAGAUCCCACUCAUUUUCUACACGCAGCCUGUCUGUUGCACUCCUUCCUUUCGCCCGCUCCUCGGCCCCCCUCCCUGCCUCUGUCCCCGCCCCCAUUGUAAAUAUAAAGCGCUGCCUGGUUCGCAGACUUGAGCAGCUACAUUCUGCCUGCCCCUGCCGCACAGCUCCAUGGUCCGGUGUAGGACGCUGGUGGCCGCCGCCCUGGCGCUGCUCCUGACGCCAGCCCUCGCGUGGUACAAGCCCGCGGCAGGAUCCCACCACUACUCGGUGGGCCGCGCUGCGGGGCUACUGUCGAGUUUCCACAGGUUCCCGUCCACGCGACGUUCCGAGUCUCCAGCACUCCGGGUGGGAACGGUACCUCUGCGCAACUUGGAGAUGCCUGGUGGGACAGGGGCGGGCCCUCAGCCUCCACCGCCUACCCAGGCCCUGUGUGUCAAAGAUGUGACCCCGAACCUGCAGAGCUGCCAGCGGCAACUCAACAGCCGAGGGACUUUCCAGUGUAAGGCGGACGUCUUCUUGUCGCUGCACAAGGCUGAAUGCCAAAGCGCCUGAACCCCAACCCAAACCUCGACGCUGCGGCCACUGACUCCCCCUCCCAGCCACCCCGUUACUCCCAGUCUUGCUAGCACAGGCCCUGUGUGAUUUGGCUCCUGUGGCCCCUAACUCCCACCAUGCUCCAAAAUGAAUAAAGAAGCAAAACUGUCUCUGCUAA